GCAUGGCUAACAUACCACCAUCCUUCUUCUGGGAAACUUCUAAGGCGGUCUCGGUUGGUAGGACAAAGAAUAAGCCACGAAAACAAGCUAAUAUAGUGGUGUUACGAUGCACUCAACAUCUCAUCUCUUCUCCCAAGGGGUCAAUGGCAUCCCGCUUAAUCUACAAACCUUUCUACUCUGCAGUCAAAACUUGAGGCACCGACCCCCCGCCCCCUUUGAUUCUUUCUUUAGAUCGCAGAUCAGGAUAAUAGAAGGAAGGAAGGAAGGAAGGAAGAAAUAGGAAAAGAAGAUACUAAUAUCAGGGGAAUAGUAGCCCUCCUGCUGCUGCUGCUGCUGCUGCUAUCACUUUUAGUUGGGGUUUCUUUUGAGGAUGGAGUUCACGCAUGGAAGAAGAAAUAGGUUUUCCAUCACCGAGAAAGAAGAGAAAGGGGAAGAUUGCAGAUAUGCUGCUUUCGUACCUUCCCCUUCUUCCUCCUCGUCGCCAUCGUCCUCCUCCGCUCCUUUCAGGCGGAACGACGGCUCCUCGGCCAACGGCGACAACCUUUUUGUGGAGAAGGAGCACAUGUUCGACAAGGUGGUAACGCCAAGCGACGUCGGCAAGCUAAACCGGCUGGUGAUCCCGAAGCAACACGCCGAGAGGUACUUCCCGCUGGACGCGUCGGCCAACGAGAAGGGGCUGCUGCUCAGCUUCGAGGACCGCACCGGCAAAUCUUGGCGCUUCAGGUACUCCUACUGGAACAGCAGCCAGAGCUACGUGAUGACCAAGGGAUGGAGCCGGUUCGUCAAGGAGAAGCGGCUCGACGCCGGGGACACCGUCUCCUUCAGUCGUGGCGUUGGCGACUCCGGUCAACGCAAUCUUUACAUCGACUGGAAGCGGCGGCCGGAGAACCACGACCCGGCCCGGAUGCCCCGCGUUCCUCUCCCGGCCGUAUCCUUUGUGCGGUCGGUAGGACCGUGGGGCGGUCACCUCGUCAUGCCACCGGCGUCGGCGUACGACCACCGCCGCGAAAGCUAUGGAUACAGUGUCGCGAGCCCGAGUGCUAUCGGCAGACAGCUUCUUUUCUUUCGUUCCCCAGAGACCGGGCCGCCACCCGUGAAGGUGCAACCCAGUGGCAGUGGCGGCCUGUCCAUGGUUCUUGAACCGAUGCCGGAGGUCCACAGCCAGGCGACGGCCAAGCGUGUAAGGCUAUUCGGAGUCAACCUUGUCCGUCCCGAAUCAGAAGGCGACGGCGGCGGCGGCGACGGCGGCGAAUCUACAUCAUCUUGCCUGUUACCAUCGCAAGAAACAUCUGCUCUCCAUCUCCUCCGAUUUCAGCAUGGCAGCGUCGAGUCCUCGUUGGCAUCAUCGUCCUCGAUGAGCAAGGAGCAGCAUUCGUCGUUGGAUCUUGACCUAUGAGGAGGAAGGACCCUGCGAGGGAGCAUAUUGCCAUUCACAUCCUGAUCAAUUGGGAUGGAAAUCGAACCCGAAUAGAAUGAAAGUUUUGGAGGUUCUUUCUUUAAUCUUGUGCUUCUCUUUUACUCUUAAAAACGGAAGAACGGAUGGGUGCAUCCAAAUCAAGAGCUGGUUUAAUCCUCCAUAAUCUUCUCUUAAAAGUGUAAAUACGCUGGAAGAUUCAAAGGCUCGUAAGCCCACAACAUAGGAUUCUUUUGCUAUAAACUCUCAUGUCUUUGUUGAUCUUCCUUUGAAUUGGAGUUUAUUCCAACUCCUAAGCCAGGUUUUAACAGCGUCGUCUCUCUCAGAAGAUUCCAAACUAGUCGAUUCGGCAUUCCUUAAAAUGGAGGACAGACAGUUCUGGAGCAAAUAGAGGUCAGAUCGCAAUCCUUCUCUGUCCAUUUUCCUAUCUUGCAUUUACCGGGAUUACUUUUUGGUCUGCUGUGGCAGCGUUACAAUACUUUCAUCCAUGCACUAUGGGUAGCUUAGGACACGACUCCAUACACCUGCAUAUGUUUUCUUCCUUCCCUUCCUUUUAGCUGAAUGUCUUGUAGAACUUGUGUCACCGAAGGAAGUUGCAGAAGGAUGAAUUACCUGCUCCUCAUUUAAUUAAAGGCUGUUAAAGUUGGAUUAUCCUUGCUUUUGCUGCAAAUUUAUUGAGUUCUACCUGUUGAUAUAUGUACACAAAGGUGCGAUGUUCUCCAUAGUUUCAUGCUUUUACUGGAUUAUUAAUCUUCUUACUCCCAAAAUUAAACGGAGAAGUUCAUAUGAUUUACAUGUAAAUGAAACUUUGAAGGCAAAAAUAAUCUACAUGUUUAGUAGCUUUAUCCCAAUCUUUUCCCUACAAGUAUUUCGUUGUCUCUAGCAAUUUUCACUCAAAAAUUGCUCCUUACAAUUUUCAUUAGAAGAAAAUCUCCUUAUAUGUUCCGUUUAAAAUGUUAAUUAGUGAUUAACUAGCCAUUAAUGCUUCCAAUCUCGUGAAGGUUAAUUAGUAAUUAAUCUGAUCGAAAGCUGGUAUUGUUCUAUCAGUCAUGCCAUGUUCAUUCAUUGCUGAUGCUACAAGAGAGUGACAUUUAUAUCACUUUACCGUAAUGCUACAGACUGGUCCCAUGAAACUCUUCCACCGAAAGCAAGGUUAGAAAGACAACAACAUGGCUACUACUAACAUUUUAUUUCAUUUCUCCGGACUAUAAUAAGAUCGUAAUUGGCUCCUACUUGAACAAAGAGAUACCUUCUUUUAGUUUUACAUGGUUGUGCACAUGAGUACAACAUCAUGCGGUGAUGAAUAGCUUGUGCUUAUCGACGCAGAAUAAAACAAGGUUCAUUCAUGCAUAUUAUAUGGGUCUUCUCAUUGUUUCUUCGGAAAAUGCUAGUUAUGACUUGGAAAAUUUUGCGCUUGCGAUACCGAUGUUGAUUAAGGAAUAACUCAUUGUCAAUUUGUCUAGUACAGUGUCGGAUACAUACCUAAGUAUUUGAAGAAAUUGUGUGGUAUUCGUGUUGAUUAAUGUUAUAUUGGUCAUGAACAUAUAUAUUAUAGGUUUGGCAUUGUACGUAAUCAAUUCACUUACUUUCAAAUGGUCGUACUUUGAUAUGCUAAUCGAGUUUUAUAUAAGUACUUUUUCUAAGUCUUAUUUAUUUGGUCAUCUUGGCAUGCUAGUUUUAUUUAGGGCAUCUCUCAACAUGCCAUGGCGGAAUCCCUUUGCUUUUGCAACAUCAAUGAAUUUUGCUCACAUGAUAGCAUACUGUGAAACUAAUUAAGAUGCAAUCCUUGCAUAUAGAAUGGACAUGUUAUUGAUUGAUCACACAUGUUAUUGAUCUGAUUUGAAGACGUCUAUUGAGGGGGAAGAAUUGCUAUUAUUGUACUAUGUAUCAAGAUGAAUGAGCAUGCACAUGACAAUAGGUUUGGUCCUUUGAAUUUGAGAUGAUAGUUAACAACUUUAGAUAGAACAGCCAUUGAAUCAGUCUUCUUUUGUCUUGAUCACAAGAUCACAAAAAAUGGUCAUGUAAUUUGCAGAAAACAAUACAUUGGCACAGUUGAAAAACUUGUAAAUGCAUAUGUAACCUAAAGAUAUGAUGUCUAUUACAAUAUUAUAUUUUUCAUAGACCUUUUAGACAGCUGAAUGGUAUUGCUAUUGGUCAUGAAUUAUGACUCCAUCUCUGAGGCCAUGAUGAUGCAUUAUGAAAUUUAAUUUGGUGAACCAGUUGAGUAUGUAUGUUUGGGCAACGAACAUCAUCCGUAUUGCUAAUUGUCACAGCAUGCGAAAUAGGGUAUUCUUCUAUGGUUAAAGAACUUGCAAUUUAUAGAGAUUAAAGCUUUGGGGCCACAAUGGUGUCAAUUUCAUUUAUCAUAGCUUUGGGGCCAUAAUGUUAAACGUUGGAUUAGAGUGAUUCCAAUUCCCUCAGAUAAGACUCCUAUUGUUCAGUUUGAUGUUUGCACUCCUAUAAACUAAUCUCACUAAUAAGCAUCAUAAUCGCGUGUCUUAGUUUUCUAACUCGCAAUUUACUUAUAUCUUUUAGAUAUCAUGAGCCUCUUCUUGAAGUGUCCGUAUAAACUAUUGCAAUUCGACGUAUGUUGGAUAUCUGAGAGUACUGACUGGUGGCUUCUUGAAGCACAAUUUAGAACUUUUCCUUGAAAGGAAGGUUUCCUGUGAAGACCUGCAGAAAGCGAAUAUGAUGGUAAUUCUUGAUCUGAUCUGAACAUUGGUAUCAUAUAGUUUGAUCUCUAGAACUGAGCAAUUUGUAGAAUUGACCAAUAACAACAAAGAAAGAUAGGAUGAAACUUGGACUGAAUUGUCAGAAGCAGUGACAGGAAAUUAAGGAUGGACAGAGUAGUUAUAAAUAAUGUUCGUUGUCUUCA